AUGGUCAAGGGUUUCAAGCUUAAGGACUUCUUGUCGCGUGAGAAAGAAGCGUCGAAAACUAACCAAAAAAAAGCGGCCAAAACUGCUCAAAAACCAAAAGAUUCAAGCAAAUCAGAGGAAAAACCAAUCGUCGUGACCCAUGAACAGAUUGUCGAAGUGAAACCGAUUGUCGGUGGUGCUGAAGUCGCAGAUGUGACGGAGGACUACCAAAGUCAGGUUUUGUCGAGAAAGGACCGGAGAAAACUAAAGAAACUAGAGAAAAAGAAGAAAUCCGACGACAAGAUCGAAGAGGGAGCGGAAGAAGAAGAUGAAGAGAACGAUGAAGAAGAAGAAGAAGAAGAAGAAGAAGAAGAAGCUGUACCCGCUGCUUCCAAUCUGGACCUCGAGAAGUUGGAAAUGAGUGAACCAGAAGACGAUGAGGAAGAGGAAGAAGAUGAAGAUGAUGAAGCAGAAGAGGAAGAAGAAGAAGAAGAAGAAGAAGAAGAAGAGGAAGAGGAUGUACCACUUUCAGAUGUUGAAUUCGAUUCUGACGCCGACGUGGUGCCUCACCAGAAAGUGACCGUUAACAAUACCAAGGCUAUGACACAUGCAUUGGAAUGCAUCCAAUUGCCAUGGAAAAAACACUCCUUCCAGGAACACCAAUCGUUGACAUCAGAGACCAACACUGACGAAGGCAUGAAGGACAUUUACGACGACACCGAAAGGGAGUUGGCCUUUUAUAAACAAUCUUUGGAAGCCGUGCAACAAGCGCAGCAGAAACUUUCAUCUCUCAAAGUGCCAUUCCAGAGACCUUUGGACUACUUUGCUGAGAUGGUCAAGAGUGACGAGCACAUGGAUAAAUUGAAGACGAAGCUUGUGGGUGAGGCUAGCGACCGCAAGGCUCGUGAAGACGCGCGCAAACAAAGACAAUUGAAGAAGUUUGGUAAGCAGGUUCAGGUGGCCACAUUACAGAGCCGUCAGAAAGACAAGAAAGAAACGCUCGACAAAAUCAAGUCGCUCAAGCAAAAGCGUAAGCACAAUGAAAUUGACGAUGCUGCCUUCGACGUGGGGAUCGAAGAGGCUGCUGCUACCGAUAAGCCCGAAAAGAGACACAGACCCAACGGCAAAAGGCUGGCGAAGGAUGCAAAGUACGGCAGCGGCGGUAUGAAGCGUUUCAAACGCAAGAACGAUGCUGACUCUUCUAACGACGUUUCCGGAUUUUCCACCCGGAAAAUGAAGGGCAAGCAAUCACGUCCCGGUAAGAGCAGGCGUUCUAAGCGUUUCUAA